UGUAAAUAUUGGGGCAGUGUAUAAUUUAUGUGAAAUAUACAUAAGUACAUAUUUACUUAAGUUCAGCAUUUCAUUUGUUGUGUCAGCAUACCCUUAACGUAUUCUAAUUGUUUAGUUAACAACAAUAAUCAUGAGUUGAUUAUAACUUUAAUUGGACUUUGCUUGGGGCCGGUGUCAAAACACUUCACACAUACUUCUCCCCACCGAAAUGUCGUACUCAGGAUACCAAGAGUUGCUGGUAAAAAAGCAAGAAAAAAUUCUGCUUAUUCAGUUUAAUAAUCCAAAAAAGAAAAAUGCUUUAAAUCGCAUCGCCUAUGCGGAAUUGGGACGAGUUCUGGGAGAAGUGAAUGAGGAUGAAGACAUAACCAUUGUUGUGAUCACCGGAACGGGCGACUAUUUCACCGCUGGCAAUGAUUUAAGCCAAGGUUCAACAGAUGCUGAAAAUGAUAUGAUGGCAUAUCUCAAGAAAUCAAAUGAUACAUUCCGUGACAUGGUUUUGGGUUUUAUUAAUUGCCAGAAGCUGAUCGUGUCUCUGGUGAAUGGACCAGCAAUUGGCAUAGGUGCCACCAUUGUGGGUCUAAGUGAUCUGGCCUGGUGUUCCGAGCAGGCCUAUUUCCUAACGCCAUUUACUAAGCUUGGACUGGUGCCGGAAGGAGGCUCCUCCUAUAUGUUGCCAUUGAUUUUGGGCCGUUCCAAGGCUACGGAAAUGUUGCUUCUAAAUGAAAAGCUUUCCGCAACGGAAGCCUACAAUUUCAAUCUAGUAUCACGAAUUUUCAAAACGGAUGAACUGAAGAGCGUUAUCUGGCCUAAGUUGGAAGAGUAUUCCAGGUUUCCGCCAAAUUCCAUGAGAGAGGGAAAACGUCUUAUCAGAGAGAAUUUUUUGGCAAAUCUUCUUCAGGCCAAUGACGCUGAAUGCAAGCAAUUGCUUAAAUGUUUCCAGGGCGACGAAUUUGUGCAGGCCAUCAUAAAUUUUGCGACACGCAAGUCCAAGUUGUGAAAGAUUUUAAAGUUUUUCUUUUUAUUAUUUAAAACGUACAAAUAAAGUAGAAUGAUAUCGACA